CUCUUACUCAACACUAACUCAAAUUUGAGAGCUAUUUUCUUGCAAAGCAAAAGAGAAAGAAAUAUCUCUUGGUACUUAUAUUGGUAAUAGAGAGAACUUAGGCUGAGGAAAAGAAAUCAUUUUAGAGAAAAUGCCACUUAAUAGAAUUGCGGUUGGAACACCGGGAGAGGCGAGCCAGCCGGAUGCUAUAAAGGCGGCUUUGGCGGAGUUCUUUUCUAUGCUUAUUUUUGUAUUUGCUGGAGAAGGGUCCGGCAUGGCUUUCAACAAGCUAACCGAUAAUGGGUCAAGCACACCAGCCGGCCUUGUAGCUGCAUCAUUGGCUCAUGCUUUUGCCCUAUUUGUGGCGGUUUCGGUCGGUGCAAACAUAUCAGGGGGGCAUGUUAACCCUGCUGUGACCUUUGGGGCAUUCAUCGGUGGCAACAUUACUUUGUUGAGAGGCAUUUUGUACUGGAUUGCACAGUUGCUAGGCUCAGUCGUGGCUUGCUUGCUUCUUAAGUUUGCCACCGGCGGAUUGGAAACAUCAGCUUUCUCCCUAUCCUCUGGUGUAUCCGCCUGGAACGCACUUGUCUUUGAGAUUGUCAUGACUUUUGGCCUAGUUUACACGGUAUAUGCCACAGCAGUGGAUCCAAAGAAAGGAAAUCUGGGAAUUAUUGCUCCAAUUGCAAUUGGUUUCAUUGUAGGUGCCAACAUCUUGGCUGGUGGUGCUUUUGAUGGUGCCUCGAUGAACCCAGCAGUCUCCUUCGGUCCUGCCGUUGUUAGCUGGUCCUGGACUAACCACUGGGUCUAUUGGCUUGGUCCAUUGAUUGGGGCUGCCAUUGCUGCCAUUGUCUAUGAUAACAUCUUCAUCGGUAAUGGCUCCCAUGAGCCUCUUUCUACCGGUGACUUUUAAGAACUUUCCUGUCAAGGGUCAAGUUUCUCUCUGACAUUUUCAGGUCAAAGAUGGAAUAAAAAAAAUUGGAAAAGGAAAGUGAAAUUGGGGUUGAAUUUGGAUUUCUUGUACUUUUGUUGUGGUUGUAGUUUGUUUUAAAUUUGUGUUAUAGGAGUGUAUUGUUGGGCUAAAAGUCUUAAAUCCAAUCAUAUCAGCGGAAGUGAAAUCAAACAAUAAAUCAAAUACACAAGAGACAAUAAUUUAACGUGAU